AUGAAGGGCAGCCCCGCACUCUUCGCAGCCCUCCUUGCUGCAUGCGCCUCGCAGGCUCAUGCGGGUGCCGUUAUCAGUCACGACCAAGUGGCCCCCUUCGCGCAACCUGAGCCCGUCACGAUCUCUGAGAAGGCUGCGGUCAAGUUCAAGCCCCAACUGCACAUUUCCAACGGAUGUCACCCGUACCCCGCCGUGAACGAAGCAGGAGACACCGAUGGCGGUCUAUCGAACACUGGGGCACCCAGUGGCAAGUGCAAAGGCUCAGGUCUUGGCUCGCAGGUCUACGGACGCUCAGGCUGGCACAAGGAUGUGUGGACCAUCAUGUACGCGUGGUACUUCCCCAAGGACAUGGCGUCUUUCGACCUAGGCCACCGCCACGACUGGGAGCACGCCGUCAUUUGGAUCGACAACCCUGACGUAGCAGAACCCAAGAUCUUAGGCGUCUCCGCUUCGUCGCAUGCUGGCUACGAAAAGGUCACUACCAUCCCGGCGGGCUCAUUGAAUGGUACCAGUGUGCUACUGAACUACGAAAGUACGUGGCCUGUGGAUCACGAACUGCGCUUUACGACGAAGGGCGGAGAGUACCAACCGCUGAUCAUGUGGACCCAGUUGACGGAUGCGGCCAGGGUGUCCUUGAGUACGACGGACUUCGGUAGUGCGCUGAUGCCGAUGACGGACUUCUGUUCAUGA